UCGAAAUUCAUCUGUCAUCUACCUGCUUAACCUUUCUUGUUUGCCUUUUCUACUGAAAAAAAAAACGAGAAAUAUUUUUAUUUUAUAACAAUUUCUCUUUUUCUUUAAUAAAAAUAAAAACCAAAUAAUGGCACAAGUUAUAAAAUACAUAGGUCGUAAAACAGAUUUUCGUGGAAAACCCCUAUGGGAAAUUCUCGGCAAUCUAAAAAAUCAUGGUGUCGGUCGAAUUGUUGUUCGCAGCAUGUUCGAACGCUAUCCCGAACCAUCUUAUAUGAAAAUUCUUAAAGUUGAAGCUGUUCCAAAUGAAGAAACUCGCAAAUGCCGAGUAACCAUCGAACGCACCUUCCGUGGUGUAACACAACCCAAACCAGUUGUUCUUUAUAGUUCAACCUACAAAGCUGAUUAUCGACUUAUUCCCAAAGAUGAAGAAGCAGAUUACUGCAAAUGUAAUGUUACCAAAGAGCAAUUAAUUGUCCCACGUGAAAUAAAUUUCCCACCUUUGUUGAGGGAAUUUGUAAGUGAAGAAACUGGCAAUCAGAAUCCAAUGAUGAAGGUACAUUUCAAGAAUAACAUGAAUAAAAUGGCACGUUUGGCCAAACCUGAAGAGAAGCCAACACUUGACAUUAGUAUGGGUUUGGGUAAACCAGCUAGUCCUAAGUUGUAUGAAAAUUGUUUGUAAGAUUGUUGAAUAAAUGAAGAUGAAAAGUUAAA